AUGCUGUUCAGCCACGUGGCCUCCACCGCCGUGCCUGCCCCGCUGCACUGCCUCUCCCUCCGCCUCACCCUCGCCGCCCAGAACGCGUCCCUGCGCCGCUCGUGGCUCCCUGCUGCUGCUGCGCCUGCUGCAGCGCUGCAGGUGGAGGGGAAGGAGGAGGGAGACGGGGAGGAAGGAGAGGGGGAGGACGGGGGGAAGGAAGAGCACGUGGGGAGGGGUAAGGCAGGUGUGGUGAAGAGAGGAGAAGGGGAAGGAGGAGGAGGGGACGGAGAGAAGGAAGAGGGAGAUGAGGAGAUCGGGAAGGAUCGGGAGAGGGAGAGGGAGAGGGAGAGGGAGAGGGAGUGGAGGAGGCGGGUGGAGGACCCAUCGCUGUUCCACUACGUGGUGAUCACAGACAACGUGCUCGCAGCCAUGGUCGUUGUCAACUCCACCGCCUCACACGCCCGCCAGCCAUGGCGCCAUGUGUUCCACGUGGUAACGGACCGCAGCAACUACCCGGCGUUCACGGCGUGGUUCAGCGCCAAUCCUCCCGCACACGGGCGCAUGGCGUGGGAGGUGCUGUGCCUGGACGACUUGCCCUGGCUGCUCUCCAUGCCGCUGCUGCACCACCUGCAGCGCCCCGCCAUGAGAGACUUCUACUUCCGCCACUCCUCCGCCGCCGCCGCCACCGCUGCCCUUGCGCCCCCUGCUGCUUCUGCCGCUGACGAUCGUACGCCUGUUGGUGGUGUUAGAAGUGCUGCUGCCCGUGGCAACGGUAAUGCUAGUCAUAGUAGCAGCAUCAGCAGCGGCAGUGGCAGCGGCAGCGGCAGCGGCAGCAGCAGCGGCAGCAGCAGCGGCAGCGGCAGCAGCAGCAGGGAGGACUAUGGGACGCUGAGGUUCCGCAACCCCAAGUACGUGUCGGUGCUGAACCACCUGCGGUUCUACCUGCCGCGCAUGUUCCCCCGCCUGCACACGCUGCUCUUCCUCGACGACGAUGUCGUGCUGCAGCAGGACGUCUCGCACCUAUGGCAGGUGCCGCGAGGAGGGGCAGUGAACCUAGCGGUGCCCACGUGUGUUGGCCGCACGUAUCACCGCUUCAGCUCCUACCUCAACUUCUCACACCCACUGCUGCAACCGCACACCAGCACCAACAGCAGCAGGAUUGAUAGGAGCAGCAGCAGCAGCAGCAGCAGCAGCAGCAGCAGCGGAAGUGGGGAGCAAUGGGGUGCGGGUGUGGAUCCGAACGGGUGUGCAUGGGCGUUUGGGUUCAACCUGUUUGACCUCAACGCGUGGAGGGAUGGCAGAUACACUGAAAAAUACCACUUCUGGCUCUCACAGAACGAGAACCGCACGCUGUGGCAGCUGGGCACACUCCCAGCGGGCCUGCUCACCUUCCUCCACGCCACGCACCCUCUCCCGCGCUCGCUCCUCGCAGCCAGCCUCGGCAGCCGCAGCACGGUCCCGCUGAGUCGAGUGCGGUCAGCAGCAGUGCUGCACUACAACGGGCACGCCAAGCCGUGGCUGGACCUGGCGUUUCCAGAGUACGCGCACCUGUGGUGGCGCUAUGUGCCGCUGCACCACCCUCUGCUGCGCGCCUGCUACUUCUACCCACCGCCUCAGGCGUCUAGUUUUGAGGCACCUCAGAAGUAG